UAAAUUAUUAAAUUCUGAAAUACAUUAAUAUUCGCUCUGCUGAGCUUCAAAUUCUGAAAAACUCGCUCAUCAGAUUCUUGAGCAAAAACUCUCUCUUUCUGCAAAUUGUUGUAGCAAUGGAUCGCACGCAAAUUCUUCUUGUUGGUUUACCAAUCUUCCUUUUCUUCACUGACAUUAUCAACCUUUUCUCUCCUUCACCGCCUCCCAAAUCAUCUCAUCACAAUCUUCCUCAACCUCAACAACCGCAAUUUCAACAACCACUUGAUUUUCCCUCACAGAAACCGAGUGAAACUGGUCCAAUUGGUGCCGGCCCAAUUGGUGUUGGUAAUACUGUUAGCAUUGAUUUCUGCACUUCCUGCUCUUACAAGGGAACUGCAGUAACAGUAAAAAACAUGCUGGAAUCUUUAUUUCCUGGGAUUAAUGUUGUUUUGGCUAACUAUCCACCUCCACUUCCAAAGCGUGUUAUUAGCAAAGUAAUUCCAGUAUUACAAACUGGAAUUAUUAUAGCUAUAACUGCAGGUGACCAAAUAUUCCCGAGAUUGGGGGUGACACCACCACAAUUGUACUAUUCCUUGCGUGCCAAUAAGUUUAGAAGUAUUGCCAGCACUUGGCUUCUUGCAAAUUUCGUUCAAUCCUUCUUACAGAGUUCUGGUGCUUUCGAAGUAUAUUUCAAUGGCGAAUUGGUUUUCUCCAAGUUGAAGGAGAAUAGGUUCCCCGGCGAGUUUGAGUUGAAGGAACUUAUUGGUAAAAGAAUCGGUAAUACACACAUCUUUUGAAGCAGAGGAAAUGGACCAUACAAAAAUCAAAUUUUUAUUUAGUUUGUGCAAUUUGUUAUGUAAACUGUUAGUUAAGAAAUUGAAUACCCAUCAAGCAUUGAUUUUACCAAGUCCUUAUUUUAAGUUCCCA